ACUUUCGACUGGUGGCAAAUCGUGAUCACCAGGAAAGUCGUUGGGAUCAGAGGUGUUUCAAUUUUUUUUGCUAUCUUUGAAACUCCUCUCAAACCGAAAGCAUGAUUUUGAUAUGCUUGCGGUGAUGUCUUCGUGAUCCAGGUCUUGCACCAGUUGAUAUGAAAAGACGGCGUGAAGAAUUAUAUCGACAUGACAUCGACCUUCCUCCCUCCUUGUCGAUUUGUCCUGUUUGUGGUACAUCUGUUUCAAAAGAGAACAUCGGUAUUCAUGUAGAGGAACAUUUUACACAACCCUCCACAUCGUCUGAGGCGAAUCGAUUCGAUGAUUUAGUUCCGGGAUUCUCGGAUACAGUCGAUUUUCGGGAAUGUAAUUACGGAAGAUGUCAACAGAUAGUUUCUGCGCCAGAGUGGGAUGAUCACAUGUUUGCACACUCAUUAGAAGAUCAAGCCAUAAAUGACGCUACUACAAACAGUCUGCUAGGGGUAACAUUUCAGCCACAGGAACAGUAUGAAGUACCUGUGAUUUACACACAGAGUGACACUGCUCUGGCUCAGGAACUUGAAAAACAGGAAAUGGAACGACUUGAGAACCAGCCAUGUGAGUGGGAUGAUCACUUGUUGGCUCAGGCACUGGAAAGUGAACAAAGAAGAGAACAGGAGGAACAAAAACUUCAAGAGGAUGAGGAGCUAAAGAAGCUUCAGUCCAUGUAUGGUAUGACUUCCUCUGGAGGUUAUGUUACUCAGUACAGUCGUGCCCUUGAGAGGGAUGUGACCAGGAAUAAAGCAUCUGUGGGUGAUUACUAUGCCAGGAAAGCAGAAAUGUUAAAAAUUCUAAUGACAGAUAAUGAUAGUGGAGAAUCAUGCACCAGAGGCAUAAUUCCUCAACUUCAUCAUCGAUAUGAUAUGGGGGUCAGUGGCACCAAAGCUGCAUGGCUAGCUUUAGAUACAGAUCAUUACGCUAGCACUGUGGGUGAUGCAGGCUGGGGGUGUGGCUAUAGAAAUUUACAAAUGCUGAUUUCUGCAUUGCUAAAAAUGGAUACCUAUAGACCAGUUAUGUACAGUGUCGGUGAGAAGGUACCAUCUAUACCCAGAAUUCAACAGUUUAUAGAGGCUGCCUGGACAAGUGGAUUUGACAGGCAGGGUUCUGAACAGCUUGGAUGUAAAUUGAUCAAUACCAGAAAGUGGAUUGGAGCCACAGAGAUAGCAACAGUCUUGAGAUCACUUCAGAUAAGAGCCAAGAUUCUUGACUUCCACCAAGCCACUGGUUGUGAUGGCACGCAUCCUGAAAUGUUUUCAUGGAUAAAGCGUUACUUUAGCUGUAACAUAAGCUCUGCAGCAGUCCCAGUGGGUUCCUCAGUUCUCAGACAAACCUCGAUUCCUCCACUUUACCUUCAGCAUCAAGGCCAUAGUCGGCUGGUGAUUGGAGUUGAGGAGCAUUCUGGUAAGGAUGGUGGUCUCUACCUCCUGUUGUUUGAUCCCUCUCACUCGGCCAAACAGAUGCAGAGCCUCUUGGAAGACAUUAAGAGUAGCAGUUCUGGCUUGCGGCACUUACGACGGUCACUGAAGCAGAUGAGGUGUAAGCAGUACCAGAUCGUGUAUGUAGAGGGGAUUAUGGACCCCCCAGAAAUGGAACAAAGUAAAACCUUAGACUCUCUUAGAGUACCGUGAGAUAAAGAAGUAAGUUUGCAAGUUGUCAUGUGGAACAAAUUUAUAAGCAAUUAAUCACAAGCAAACAUCUUGCAAAUCUAGUAGCAGUUUUCUUGUGUUACUUGAGGUAGAAGAUUCCUUUAUUGUGGUUACUGUUUGAUGUGCGGGCAAG